GUCACGUGCCAGCCGUCCGGCCGGCCGCGCGCUGCUUGCGCGGGUGAUGGCGGCGGUGUUGGAGCUGCUGUUGAGCGGCGAGCUGGCGGCGGCUGAGGCGCUGCUGUGGCUGCAAGUCCAGGAUGGUGAAUUGAGUGACAAGCUUUUGGCAUAUAAUUCCCUGAGGAAAAACUUUGUACCCUUUCUUCUAAAUUUUUUAAGAGAACAGACAAACCAGCUGAUACCAAAUGGGCCACCUACUCCUGGAAAGACGUCCUCUGUCAAGGGGCAGAAACCGGCUCAGGACCGGGAUGAGAGCAUUCAGCCAGUAAGGAUUAGCAAUUCGCAGACCUCAAGAGGGACUAAAACACAGUUAUUCCCAGACACACCAAAUAGUUCCUUUAAUUCAAAUGCUUCCUUCCAGUCUCCUUUGUCCAGUGGCUCCUCAUUUUUCUCGAAGUCCAGUAGUGAUGUGAACGGUGCAAUUUCCCCCAUUAGUCCUCCUGACCUCAGCAAUAGUACCCCAUUGCGCUAUGGAGAGCGACGAUUAACUCAAAGAGCCAGCCUUGGGCAAUUCAUCGUUCAGAGUCCUGAAAACCAGUUUCAGCGACGUGCUAGGAAGAAGAAUUUCAUAGCUGCUGGUCGCCAAGGAGCCAAGGACUUGGGAAGAAGCCCAACUGACGAGGAUGUUGUGCAGUGGAAUGCUAACAAGACGCACGUGGAGACUGUCAGCACCCCUUGUCCUGAAGCUCAGCUAAAUAUACACAACCUGGAAGAGUUUCCACCUGUGGGUGCAACUGCUCUUGGAAGAACAAAACCAUCAAGAAGAAUUAACCCUACUCCAGUCAGUGUAGAGCGGUUGCAAUCCAGACCCAAGAAGUGUUUCACUUCCACUCCUUUGAGUCAACCAUUGUCCACUACGUACUCCAAAAGAGCUACUUUCGAAGCAUUCAGAGCUGGACCAGAGCGAUUUGGCCCUCUCAUACCUUCUAGUAACUUGCAGGAAGAACGGGAAAUGUUGAAAAUUGAAAGAUAUAAAUUGAUUCAACAGUCACCAGUCUCAGACCCAGCCACACCAAUUAAGUGUCAAUAUGGAAGAUCCUUAAGCGUUUCCUCUGAUAGUAUUGCCGUAUGUGCCGAUGUAAACAAAGUUUCUCACAAAAAGCAGUUGGAUGUGUUGGCUCAGUUGUACUCGGCCUGUAUCUCUGAGAAUUUAGUGCCAAACAUUUUUUUGGAGCUGUUCUUUAUACUGCAACUGUUGACGUCCAGGGGAACAAUAUCAACAAAUGAUUUGGAAGAUGGCGGGAGCAAUGCUAUUGAGAGAAAGUAUGUGGAAAUGCAGUAUUUCAGAAGUGUGCAUAAUUGCAUUUAUUUUGCUGUCAGAGUUCUGGAGAAACAAGUCACGAUGAUUUCCUACUUAGAUAAAGGUACCAUAAGGCUCCUUGGUGAGAAUGACCGAAUUGGCAUGUUCUCUGCUACAUUACGUGACCAGCUGAACUGUGCCCAUGAGGCUUGUACUGCCCAGGUUUCACUUGUGGUACCUUCAGUCAUACCAUCUGUUCCAUUUGAGCCUGAAACUGACAAUCGAUCUAAUUUUACCAGUGACAGGGCCUUUCAAAAUUUUAAGAAGCAAAGAGACAUCUUUUAUGAGCUGCUGCGUGAAUGGGAAGAUAAGCACUCAAAUCCUGGUUGGGAGUUUGAGAGAGCAAUGGGUCUUCGAAUCAGAAACAUGAUGAUCAAUCUAAGCAUAGCGUGUAACCACAGUCACUUCGCACGAUUAUUUCAGAAACAACUGAUAAGAAUGUGUAAAUGUACAGUUGGAACACUUUUAGGCAAUGAACAUCCUGACCAAGAUGUGCUGGACAUAUUUGGAACAGACAACCUUACCAAACUGAAAAGGCUACAGGAGCGCUUUGUUGCUCCACAGAAUAUUGGGGGGCCAUGUCCUCCUCCAGCUUUCUCUGGUUGCCAAGUAUUCUUCAGAGAUUUUCUUUUAUGUGCAGGGAGCCAUCAGUUGAACCAACACUUGUCAGACACUUUGUGUCAGCAGAUUUUGGAGCUGGAUGGCAUUACCAUCCUUAGGCACAAGUCCUCAGGAGGUGAGGCAGACAUGGAUGAACAGGAUGAGAAGGCACAUUUUGCCUCAGUCUUGAUAACAGCAAGAUUACUGGCUAAGUUUCUUGGUUUUCUUACCUUCCUUCCUUAUCGUACUGGAGAUCGACCAACGAGAGAAAUGCAAGAGGCUAGUAUUUCUCUGAGGAACAAGAGUCUGCCUGUUCUAAAUAUAUACGACUUACUGAGAAGGUCAAUUAAAAAUGGACGUACUAUUCUAACUGUACCCUGGGUGGUGGAGUUUCUGAGCAUGAUGGACAAUGUGGCACCAUUCCUGGAUUGUUACCGCAAAGUGUUUACGCUCAUCUUGCAUUUAUACAGAUGUUUGGUUCUAAGAGAUGGACAGAAGAAACAUUACCUGAACAAGCUGUUGAUCCUUGCUGUAUUGGGGUGGCUUUUCCAGGUUCCUGCAGUUCCUGAAGAAAUAUUCUUCAAUGAAGAGAAGAUAGAUGAAUUUGGAAUUAACACAUCAGACCAAGCCUUAGAUUCUGUUCCACUGGUUGACCAACAGCUGUUCUAUCUCUGUUGCCCCUAUUUGUGUGAGUUACGCAAGCUGCUGGCUUCCUACGUAGCUGGUCAUGGGAUAAAAAAUGGAGGAUAUAUGAGAAAGAUCACACCAACUUCAGCAGAACCUACAGUACCAGCUUUAGCACAAUCGCAGCAGAGGCUCCAGACAGAGUUGGAGGAGGCCUUUUUUCACAAUCAACCCCCAUCACUUCGCAAAACAGUUGAGUUUGUGGCUGAAAGAGUUGGAUCUAAUUGCGUGAAGCAUAUCAAGGCGACACUGGUGUCUGAGCUGGUCAGAUGUGGGAUAGCAAUGCUGCAAAGUGAAAUGAAGGAUGAGGAGUCCAACCUGCCCAAACUGCUUGAAGCUGUUACCCACCAGCUCUGCGAAGAAGGCAGGCAGGCAGUGGCCAAAGGCAGAGAAUUCUGCAACAGAAAGGGGCCUGAGGCAAUUCGAGUCUUACUUCCAGCAGAGACGUCUGUUUCGGUGCUGACAACGGCAGAAGAUAUUGCAACCCGCCUUGCAACAGAAAAGGCCUGUACAUGGCUCUCCGCUAACACUGCAGCUUUAAUUAAAAAAGAAAUGGCAUUCAGCUUUGAAAGACUCAAGAAAUCUCGGACAACACAGUCGACAAAUGCAACUGAAUCCACCAGUUGUCUCCCAGACUGUAAACACAAUGCACCGUCUCCUUCUCAGAUAGCCAGUGAGUUUAAGGAGCUGCUGAGUAUUACACUGGGUCCCAGGCACAGUGAUGAAACAGUGGCCCACAAGGAACUUGAUAGUUUAUUAAGAAGAUUAAGGCAGACAUUGAGAUGUGGACAGUAUAUCUGUCCAGUAAUUGAACAGGCCCUUGCAAGGUACACUGUGGAGCUUGCUUCUCUAUUAGUUGCAGGUGAAGUUCCAUUUUCUGAUCUUGCCAUGAAAGAUUCUGGAGAAGAAACUUCUUAUCACAGAUCUAUCCAGCAUUUGCUUAGACAGCUCCUUGCUUUGUGGAAGAAUGGUUUCCAUGCCCCUAUUCCUCUUCAGCUAAUGUUUAGUGAGAAGAACAUUUCUUAUGCAGUGCACAUGCAAAGUCCAAAGUCGUGGUGGAAUGCGCUCUCAUUCCUAAUUCACGGCCUUAUUGAGUGGGAAUUGAUGAAAGCUAGGGAGAUAGAGUGUUGCUGGAGAGACCUUUCACAGAAGAGUUGGCCCCCGGAUUUCACCAAUGUGAUAGAAUCUGUGCUUAAAAUGUGUUCAGAACUGCCAAAGACAAAUACAGUGGAAGACCAGAAGCCAAAUGAGACAAGAUAUACAAGCUUAGAUUGUAAUUUAUAGGGGGGAAAAAGUCUAUUUUUGCAGUAUUUUACAAUUAAUGUGCAAUUUGUUCUGGGUGGAUAGGGGAUGUUAUUAAAUUUUAUCAGUGCUGCUAAAUUUAAUCAAAUAUUCAAAUGAAUAUUUUGUAGUUCACAUUGGACAAGGUAAUAAAUGGACCACUUUCCACUUGUUUAAGUCAUCUGCUGUUUGGCUGAGAUUUUGCAGUUGACAAUGAACUGUUCAUUGUUUCAAACUGGUCAAACUUUAGACUUUUAUACAGUGGAAAGCUGUUUCUGCCCUUUGAGACUAAGCUAUAACUUGUCUCAGAUAGCAGUCAGCUUGCAAGCCUUUCAGAUGCAAGUCUAAACAAAGGUGAAAUUAAAAUAUUUAAUUAAAAAUUGUGCACUGAUGAGUGUUACUGAAUAAAUUUUUAAAAAGUUGGUUAUGAAAGAAUAGGAUUCACCUGUUAAUAUUUUAGUAGUGGAAGUUUAUUGUAGUAAAUUAAGAUUUCCAUGUUAUUAAAAUUUUGCUGAUUUGUUCUGUACCUUAACUUCAAACACUUUGUUCUGAUGCCAAACUUAAAAGUGAGGUAUGAAAAAUGAGUUUCUCAGUGUUUGUACAAAUGAUUUCUCCCACCUCAAAGGCUGAACCAACUAAUUAUAAUCAUCAUUUUGAAAAAGGUAAUACUCUGGCUUUAAAUUCCUUCCCUGUACUCAUUUUGAAGUUGUGGAGAGAUAAUAGGAAGAGACUUCUUAUUUUUCAGUCCCAUCCUAACUUGCCUUUAGUCUAGCCUUCUUGCCUUAUUAGUUUGGCCUCUUGCUGCCUGAAAAUAAAUGGGCACUAAUGGAAAGUACUAGCUCCUCUAUAGAUGGAGGAGACAUUUAAAUCUAGAUUUACUAUUGAGUGUAGAAUGAAUAAAUAAAUACAACAUUUUCUGAGUGGUGUCCUUGCCGUAAGGCAAAGAUACCACUCCUUGAUAAGGUGAAUAAUACCUCAGAGGCAGAUCUCUCCCAGGUCAUGCAGAAGGGCAUGAGAGGAUAUUGCUGAGGCCUCGAUACAGAUCUUUCUACUUCUCAUUAGUCACAAGUGCUGCCUCAGAGAAGAAUUACCAAUGUUCUUUGUUUAUGACAGGUUAGGAACAAACCGGGAAAUUAUUCUAUGAUCUUUGGGAUAGGAUCUACUCAUGUCUGGGAAAAGCAUGGACUUAAUGGCGUAGCUUUGUGUGGGGACAUCAUGUCUUACAAACAAUUGAGUUUUUGAGGAGGUUGCAAAGAUAACUGAGUAUACAGCACCGGGUGUUGUCUACAUGAACUUAAAUUGGCAAGGAUGUUCAUGGUAGAUUUAUCCAAAAGAUUUUCAAAUGGUCAUAGAAGAGAGAGGGUACUAGGGCCUUUGCUGUGUGAUCUAAUAUGAAAUGGCUUGGACAAUGACAGGCAGGCUGAUUGGUCUGCAGCCAAUGUAAGAGUUGUGGGCAGUGAGGAAGGCUGUCUAAUGAUACAAUGGGGUGCCAACUAUUUUGAAAAAUGAGCAGAGAAAUGCUGUUCGGUCUGGACAAGUGAUGCAUUGUGGGAGGAAAGUAUUCGGUAAAUAGCAGUGCCCUCAGAGACAUUGAUGUAAAAAAGGAAUCUGGGGUGCCCAUCCAUUGCUACUUGAAACUGAUAAUACAAGUGGAUGUGGUAUGUAUGGCAUUGGAGCUUAUUAAACUAUGCAACAUUUGGAAUAGUUUGCAGUUCUGGUUGCCACUUUACAGGAAGAGUGAAGAGGCUUGGAGAGUUUCCUCCAGUUCUGUUUAUUAUAUCCGGAUUUCCUCUACGUUGAUGAGAACAACUGCUUUGCUGAGACACUGGUCCAUCUGUUGUGGCCACCUGGAGAUCACGGUUGCCAGCUAUUUUAACUCUCCUCCUAAUUCCCUCACUUACCUGUUGUCCGUUUCCUCCACUGCCAGAGUGAGGCUAAAAACAAACUAGAGGACUAGCAUCACGCGUCAGCAGGCCUGUUCUUAUGCUGUAUUGUUCUAUAUAAUGUGGAGUGGUUCAGUUGAAGAAAAUAUAUUUUCUUUUACCAGCGAAAAGCACAUUAAAUAAACUUAAACAGAGUAACAUCCACAAAAUAUUUAAUGCUUGAAAAAUUCAAUAGAAACUAAUUAUCCAUAGAAAUAACAGUAUAAAAUGCUUCAUAUUAAAGCUUUCAGUUUAUAAAUAAUUUGGACCUUUGAUUUUUGCAUACAAAAAUAAAAGUUUUUACUGUACAUUUUAGUUAAAAUAUGUGAAAUAGCUUGACUUGUCCAUUGGAAAAUUAUUGCUUUGAGAGGUUUACAGUGAUGCACAAAUAUCCCAAGUUUGAACAUGCUACCUAUGUGUAUGACCUCAGCUAGGGAGGUAAUCAUGUUCUUGAAUGCAAAGGGUGUUUGGGGUUCAAAACCAGAUGCUGUACAUUCGCUCCCCUCCAACU